AUGCAGAUCGAUCCGGCGGCCCUGAGUCGCAACGACUCGUCUAAUCAGGCAAAGAGCGUGGCUAACAACCCCUCGACGACGGUGAAGUCAUCACGAACCCUACCUUCGGUACCGCGCCUGGACCUGGAACAGACCUAUACGGAGCUGAAGGCCGCCAUCGGAGACAAAUGGGCCGAGUACAAGGAGUCCACCGCGUUCUUUCUUCUAGGACAUUACAACCAAAAUGAAUACGCGUCGCGAGUCGAUCACUUCCUAUGCGCCGAUACAAAAAUCGAGCAUCUCCAUAAUAAUUUCAUUUGCGCGAUCAUCGCAAACCUCACUCGCGACCUCCCUGACCAUGGCGUCGCAACUUGGGUCUCGGCCAACGAUAAGCCGUCUAUGGUCUCCAAGCCCAUUUCUGGAGACGCUGCUGAACAAAGAUUGAAGACGGAGGUUAUGCAAUUACCUCCGAGGGAUCGUCGGAGAAUCAAGGCUAUUCAAGAGCGAGAUCCCAACGAUGCGGUUCCCAAUGAGCUGGAGGUAUACCACCAGGCCAAACAGAUUAAACUCCCCAGUCAAGUCCCCGCGAGCGCAGGUGGACUGAACAAGACAAAUUGGGAGUUGGAAAUCCGAAAACGAUAUGCGCAGCCUCUCGCCGGCGACACUGGCGAAUUCCCCGAUGCUGAAUCUAUCUACGCCCGAAUGGUCCCCAUGUGUUACGAAGAAUCACUUCCCGGUGGUGCGGCCUUGCCAUGCGCAGAAUUCAUGGCCAUUGCCACUGAGACCUUUGUCAAGGACGUUUUGUCCUCGAUGUUCUCGCGCACGCGCUCCAACGGCCCCUCGGGUACCAUCAACGGCAUGAUGAUGCGAAAGUAUCGCCAGCAAUUGGAGCGCGAGGAACUUGCAUAUACACGAGGUGAAAUCGUCAAGGAUACUGCUACUGGACUGCUCCCUGUCGAGGCUAAGGAGGCUGCAACUCGUCGGUCACUUGGUGUCAGGGAUCUUCGGCUCACAUUGGAGCUGGGGCGAGGUGUCCUGGGCCACAUGCCACUACUCAUUGAUCAGGUUAUGGGCGGAUACUUCGAAGACGAGCUUGGGACAGAAAAGCAGGACCGCUUAGAGAAUGGUGUGAUUGGGGCCCCAGAGACCAAGGUUGAGGCCAAUGAUGAUGAUGAGAUGGAUUUGGAUGACGACGACGAUAUUGCCCUUUCGGAUUGGGAAGGAGGCACGGCUCUGGAUCGUGAGCAAUUGAGCGGCUUGUUGGACGAUUGUUUGUCCAUGGCUGCUUGA